GCCAACGAUAUUUGGAAAAUGGCUAAAGAAAAACUAGAAAAUAAAGAAAAGUUUAUAGAACAUAUAAAUGAUGUUAUAUGACUGUUGAAGGUGAAGGCUACGAAGAAGAAAGCAACAAUGCUUAGUUAUUUUACACAGCUACCCAUGAAAACAUCAAGCACGCCAGCACCACGCCCAGGCACGCUAAGGCCCAAUGUUCCAUCGACUUCGCUUGCUCUUCAACAAAAACAGGUGCAUCUGCUUGAUUCGGAUGUUGUAGCUUCAUCCACGUGUUCAUCUCAUGUGGAAUCAAUUGUCGCAGUCACUGGACAUAUAAGCACUGCCGUUAAACGAAAGAUGAGCGAUACCCACGAUGAACAAAGUCAGAAUACUGAUGAGGAAAUUGUGCAGACACGUAGACGGUCUACGGAACCACUUACGACUUUGAUUGAUUCGGGCUUCACUAAAAAUGUUACAAGCAAGCCGGCUCAAGAUACUCUUAUGAAAAAAAUUAGUCUACUGCAACAGAGAAUAAAUGUUCUUACUGAAGCAAGGGACACUGGAAUAGCCAAAGAUGAUGUUCACGACGAAAUAAAAAAGCUACGCAAAGAGUUGAGAGAAGAAGAAAAAUGUUUAAAGAAAAAAAGAGACUCUGCUAAGCGUGCAAAAAAAUUUCGAGCCAAAGAAAAACUGGAGAAAACUGAACGUCAGAGAAACAAUCCUCCUGCAGCACAACCUCGAACUGGCUCUGUACAGCCCCCUUUAGUUGACUCGCAACCUGCUCUCCUAGAGACCAUAAUUAAUAUUGCCAUUCAUGGCAGCGCUGCCGAUGAACGCCGCCGAACAGAGAUGAUUAGAAGUUGUCUCACUCUGUCCGACCUGCAUGAGAGGCUGUUGUUAAUGGGAUUCAAAAUUUCUCGAAGCGGCACAUAUCUUCAUUUACUCCCACGCGUUUCUAACACUCAAGAGGGAAAAAGGCACGUACGUACCGUACCCGUAAAGUUAGCAAGACCACAGACCGAGAUGCACAAAAAGCACGAGGACGGAGAAUUUUGCACUGCUACAAUCAGGUCAUUGGAAUCUCUCGCGUCGCUUUUGGGACCGCAGCAAGUAUUCGUUCUCUCACAAGACGAUAAGGCACGUGUACCAAAAGUUUUACCGGCAGUGAAAAGUCAGAGCCCUCUUUGAAUGCAUAUGGAAUACAGAAUACUUUUACCUGAUCAUGACUGGGUCGUGGCAGAGCGGCACAAACUUAUUCCUUCUGUAUAUGCCGGCGUCAACGUGGAACCUGACAAUUUCGGUAAAGAAGAAGCUGUUGGGUACAGCGGGCCGACAUACAUAUCCAUAAGAAGCGGGAAACAUGCAUCCUCCACAGCGAACACCCAUGCUUACGAUUUCGAAUCACUUUUAUCAAAACCUUCAUUCAAACUUUUAAUGAUGACAGAAUCGAACACCGUGAAGCCAGUGAUCAUCAUCUUUGUAGAUGGUGGGCCAGACGAAAACCCGCGUUAUCGCAAAGUCAAAAACUUUGCGAUUGAACACUUUAAAAAAUACAACUUGGACGCCCUGUUUAUAGCGACUAAUGCUCCUGGGCGGAGCGCAUAUAACCAGCUCAGCAAACGACUGGCCGGCGUCAUUCUGCCUCAUGAACAUUUUGGUUCUCAUCUCAACAACAAAAGAAUUACUACGGAUUUUGAUUUGGAAAAACGCAAUUUUCAGCACGCUGGAGAAACACUUGCAGAAGUGUGGAGAGAAAUUAAAAUUGAUAAUUACGCCUUUUCGGCGGAGUAUAGACAGCCCGAAGAUAGCAUGCAGGAUCCAGUAGAACAAAAUUUGGCGUGGUAUAGCGUUCACGUCUGCGAAUCGCAAUAUUUCUUACAGGUUAUAAAAUGCGCGGAUGAAUCCUGCUGUUCGCCACCGAGAAGUGCAUUGAAAUCUGUGUUUGCGGAUACUUUCAUGCCGCCACCUUACCCAAUACUUGAAACCCCAAGCAAGCUCGUAGUACCUAGUUUGCUAGACAAAGGAACAUCCAAGUUUUCACCACUUCUUGUGCGGUUGUCCCUUGAUCUAUCACCUCCUCUAGAAGGGUUUAAGCAGAUGCCUUACGACUUCUUUUGUCCAUCUGUACAAUCCGACCUAAAGAAAAAAGUCUGUCCAACCUGUGGGAUCUAUUUCACAUCUCACAAGAGUGUUCAAAUGCACUGUCGUUACGUGCAUGGGAAGACUGUCUAAGACAAUUGUGAAACUAGAGUACGGCCGCAGCGCCUUGCUGCCAGAAGGGCAAAUGAGUUUCUCUGCAUUGUGCGUAGUUAUGACACAUCGUCUGAGGAUGCUGACUGGCUCGAUGAAAACGAAGUUGAUGCAAUUGGCUUAACAAUUUCAGAACCGUCCUUGUCUGCACUCCAGAUGCCAGUGAUGAAAGAAUCUGAGUGGCUAGCAAACCCGUGGACAGAGGAGCAGUAAUUUUAAUCGAAUUGUUUUUAAUAGACCUACUUAGAUACUUGGUUCAUAAUUGAUUAUUUUUAAAUUUUGUUAAGAAUAUGAUUUUAUUUCGAGUAUAAUGUUUAAUUUCAGUUGGGUUUAUUAGUAAAAAAAAACAAUAUGAAGAAAUGAAUGAAUGAAAGAGAAACAACUGUGUGUAAAGCAAAACUUUAUAAAAAAAAAUAAAGAAAUGUGUUACGGAUUAAAAAUCUCUUAUUCUAUUUAGUACUAGUGUAACAGACAGAGUUACUUUCGUAUUUAUAAUAUUAGUAUGGAUUAUGACCGCAAAGGCAAUUAAAUUAAAACCAAAGGUAGAAAUUAUAACCUUUUGCAACUUUAGGGCAAAUUAUAAAAAAUGAUUGUUACGUAACGUUUAUUGAGAGGGUAUAGUAUAGAAAAACGUUACGGUCUAUUACGAGGGGAAAAGAAACUUGAAAGCGUUCAACGGGCUGCGCUCAUCACCAUGUGUGGUCUACUCCAACUAGGGCACUUAACGCCAUUUUAGACUGAAAGAAUCUGGGGUUUUAAAAAAAUGCAUAUCUGAACAAUCGGAUAUCUUCACACCCUUGACUGCAUACCGGAUCAUCUGGAUCAUGGAGUCGCCUAACCAAAUCUGGUGGCUUCCUCUCUGCCCAUAUACCGAUGAGAAAGCUGUGGG